CCGCUUAACUCGGCUGGCUGGCGGGAGAGCACAGGCACGCAGGCCGGGGGACAUGAGGCUGGCCAGCGCUCUGCUCCUGCUGCUGCUGCAGGCCUGCUGGGCCGCUGCACAGGAUGACACAGCCGCCGUGAGGACCGUCGCCUUCCAAGACUGCCCCGUGGACCUGUUCUUCGUGCUGGACACCUCCGAGAGCGUGGCCUUGAGGCUGAAGCCCUACGGGGCCCUGGUGGACAAGGUCAAGGCCUUCACCAAGCGCUUCAUCGACAACCUGAGGGACAGGUACUACCGGUGUGACCGAAACCUGGUGUGGAAUGCUGGCGCGCUGCACUACAGCGAUGAGGUGGAGAUCAUCCGUGGGCUCACGCGCAUGCCCAGUGGCCGCGACGAGCUCAAGGCCAGCGUGGAUGCGGUCAAGUACUUCGGCAAGGGCACCUACACAGACUGCGCCAUCAAGAAGGGGCUGGAGGAGCUGCUCGUGGGUGGCUCCCACCUGAAGGAGAACAAGUACCUGAUCGUGGUGACCGACGGGCACCCCCUCGAGGGCUACAAGGAGCCAUGCGGGGGCCUGGAGGACGCCGUCAACGAGGCCAAGCACCUGGGCAUCAAAGUCUUCUCCGUGGCCAUCACGCCUGACCACCUGGAGCCACGUCUGAGCAUCAUCGCCACGGACCACACGUACCGGCGCAACUUCACGGCGGCCGACUGGGGGCAGAGCCGCGACGCAGAGGAGAUCAUCAGCCAGACCAUCGACACCAUCACCGACAUGAUCAAAAACAAUGUGGAGCAAGUGUGCUGCUCCUUCGAGUGUCAGCCCGCCAGAGGACCCCCAGGCCUGCGGGGCGACCCCGGGUAUGAGGGAGAACGAGGGAAGCCGGGUCUGCCUGGAGAGAAAGGAGAAGCCGGAGACCCCGGAAGGCCCGGGGACCUCGGACCCGUUGGCUACCAGGGGAUGAAGGGAGAAAAAGGGAGCCGAGGGGACAAGGGCUCCAGGGGACCCAAGGGCUACAAGGGUGAGAAGGGCAAGCGCGGCAUCGACGGUGUGGAUGGCAUGAAGGGGGAGACAGGGUACCCCGGCCUGCCAGGCUGCAAGGGCUCGCCCGGACUGGACGGCGUUCAAGGACCUCCCGGGCCCAAGGGUGAUGCUGGUGCGUUUGGACUGAAAGGAGCAAAGGGUGAACCGGGAGCCGAUGGGGAGCCCGGGAGGCCGGGGGACACAGGGCCCCCUGGAGAUGAGGGCGAGCCCGGUGAGCCUGGUCCCCCUGGAGAGAAGGGAGAAGCUGGCGACGAGGGAAACUCAGGGCCUGACGGUCCCCCCGGAGACAGGGGCGGCCCUGGGGAAAGGGGACCACGGGGGACGCCAGGCGUGCGGGGCCCUAGAGGAGACCCGGGCGAAGCUGGACCCCAAGGUGACCAGGGACGAGAAGGCCCUGUCGGCGUCCCCGGAGACCCGGGUGAGGCUGGCCCCAUCGGACCUAAAGGAUACCGAGGAGAUGAGGGCCCUCCGGGGCUGGAGGGCCCCAGAGGAGCCCCAGGGCCUGCAGGACCCCCCGGAGACCCCGGGCUCAUGGGCGCAAGGGGAGAAGACGGCCCCCCCGGAAAUGGCACCGAGGGCUUCCCCGGCUUCCCGGGCUAUCCGGGCAGCAGGGGCCCUCCUGGGAUAAACGGCACUAAAGGCUAUCCCGGCCUCAAGGGGGACGAAGGAGAAGCUGGAGACCCUGGAGAGGACAACACUGAAAUUUCACCCCGUGGUGUCAAAGGAGCGAAGGGGUAUCGGGGCCCCGAAGGCCCUCCGGGACCCCCAGGACUCCCAGGACCACCAGAGAUGGACGAGUGCGAGAUUCUGGACAUCAUCAUGAAAAUGUGCUCUUGCUGUGAGUGCAAGUGCGGCCCCAUCGACAUCCUCUUCGUGUUGGACAGCUCGGAGAGCAUCGGCCUGCAGAACUUUGAGAUCGCCAAGGACUUCAUCGUCAAGGUCAUCGACCGGCUGAGCAGGGAUGAGCUGGUCAAGUUUGAGGCCGGGCAGUCGCACGCGGGCGUGGUGCAGUACAGCCACAACCAGAUGCAGGAGCACGUGGGCCUGAGCGACCCCAACAUCAGGAAUACCCAGGAGCUCAAGGAAGCCAUCAAGAAGCUGCAGUGGAUGGCGGGGGGCACCUUCACGGGCGAGGCUCUGCAGUACACCCGGAGCCGGCUGCUGCCGCCCACCCAGAACACCCGGAUCGCCUUGGUCAUCACGGACGGCCGCUCAGACACCCAGAGGGACACCACCCCCCUCAGCGUGCUCUGCGGCCCUGACAUCCAGGUGGUCUCCGUGGGCAUCAAGGACGUGUUUGGCUCCAUCGCGGGUUCCGACCAGCUCAAUGUCAUUUCCUGCCAAGGCCUCGCACCCCAGGGUCGGCCCGGCAUCUCACUGGUCAAGGAGAACUACGCAGAACUGCUGGAGGAUGCCUUCCUCAAGAACAUCACCACACAGAUCUGCAUAGACAAGAAGUGUCCAGAUUACACCUGCCCAAUCACCUUCUCCUCCCCGGCCGACAUCACCAUCCUGCUGGACGGGUCGGCCAGCGUGGGCAGCCACAACUUUGACAUCACCAAGCGCUUUGCCAAGCGGCUGGCUGAGCGCUUUCUGACGGCACGCCGGAAGAACCCAGCCCACGAGGUGCGGGUCUCGGUGAUGCAGUACAGCGGCACGGGGCAGCAGCAGCCGGAGCGCGCGUCCCUGCAGUUCCUGCAGAACUACACGGUGCUGGCCAGCACCAUCGACAGCAUGGACUUCAUCAACGAUGCCACCGACGUCACCGAUGCUCUCAGCUACGUGACCCGCUUCUACCGCGAGGCCUCGUCGGAGGAGGUCAAAAGGAGGCUGCUGCUCUUCUCAGACGGCAACUCGCAGGGGGCCACAGCGGCGGCCAUCAAGAAGGCCGUGCAGGAGGCCCAGCGGGCGAACAUCGAGGUCUUCGUGGUGGUGGUGGGCAAGCAGGUGAACGAGCCCCACAUUCGCGUCCUGGUCACGGACAAGACGGCCGAGUACAACGUGGCCUAUGGCCAGCGCCACCAGUUCCGCGUGCCCAGCUACCAGAAGCUGCUUGGCGGCGUCUUCUACCAGUCGGUGUCCAGGAAGGUGGCCAUGGGCUAGCAGGCGGCUCUCCUCACUGCUGUGGAGUAAAAUGUGACGGGAUCCUCCCGACCAGCCCACUAGCUAGAGUUUUUAAAGGAGAACCUUGAAAAGCCGCUCUGUGUUUGCCCACCCCUCCCCGCGGGUGUCUGCACCCCUCCCACUGCCAGUUAGCGUCCUGUCCUGUCCCCAUUCCCUGUGGGCCCGGUCCCAACCCAGGCACAGUCCUGAGGCCUCAUUUCGCUCUCCUUCUGGGGGAUCAGCUGCGCACCGCCCCCUCCUCCCCCCACUGCCCUCCCACCUUUUCCCUCUGAUCCUGCAGGACUCUCCACUCGGCAUUUCACUCACACUUAAUGUCAACCCCACUAGUCAAUCAUGGGAGGUGGUGACUGCGUUUCACUUUUGAAACCGAGAACUCGGGGCAGUAGACGUGGCGACCACAUCGCCAGAGACGGGAGGAAAAUGGUGACUUCUCGACCCUGCGCCCUAGCCAACCCCAGAACAAGGUGCUACCCUGCCAACUCCAUGUGUGCAGAGGCCUGGGCCCCGGACGUCUGCUGGCACAAAGCGAUGUCUUUCACUAAAAACAAAGUAAAGCUCCUUUUUCUCAAGGGAGAGAUCGGUUCUGCAUCCUCUUGAAGACCCUCUUUAUUUGUUAGUUUUAUUUUUCCUCCUUCCUGUGUUUUUCUCACUGUGUCCAUGUCAGUGACGUUUCCAAAUAAAGGUUUUUACUCUUCUC